AUAGUAGGAGGGUAUAAUUGAAAGAAAAACGUGGGCCUAGUAGGUAUAGGAAUGAAUUCGGGCUCGGGCUUAAAAAUGAAAACGGACCGGACCGGACCGACAGAGUUGUUCACCAGCCAGACCAAUAAAACCCGAUUUAAUUAAACUGGUUUGACCUGAAUUCACGGUUGACAAAAGGAAACAACAAUGGCCGUGGCCGUGGGGAUGUGAAAGAGGAAACAUCUGUAAUUGAAUUUCUUUGUUCAUCAUCAUCAUCAUCCAAGCAGCAGCAGCCGUACAACAAUGAGAAAUGGAGCAAUAUCCAACGAUGGUUGUUCCAGUUCAACUUCUAUAAGCAGUCAGCAAGAUGUGGAGGAUGAUAAGAUGAUUGCUCUUGUCCUAUCCGAGGAGUAUGCUCAAUUAGACGGUGCAGUUGGUCGACGCUUAUCCAGUCUUGCCCCUGUUCGUCACCUUCCAAGGAUAAACUUGCACUUUCCUUCCAUAAGUGAUUCAAGUUUGGACUACCAACGGCUCCUCCAAAGGCUAAAUCUUUAUGGUUUAUAUGAAGUGAAGGUCUCAGGAGAUGGAAAUUGUCAGUUUCGUGCACUUUCAGAUCAGAUUUAUAGAUCACCUGAGUACCACAAGCAUGUCCGUAAAGAGGUUGUGAAACAGCUUAAAGAUAACCAUGUCGUAUAUGAAGCUUAUGUACCCAUGAAGUUCAAGCACUAUUACAAGAAAAUGGCUAAGUCGGGUGAAUGGGGGGACCAUGUUACAUUACAAGCAGCAGCAGAUAAAUUUGCAGCAAAGAUUUGUCUGUUGACAUCAUUCAGGGAUACUUGUUUUAUUGAAAUUGUUCCACAGCAUGAGGUUCCUGCACGAGAGCUUUGGCUAAGCUUUUGGUCUGAGGUGCAUUACAAUUCCCUGUAUGAACUCCAAGGUUUGUACAUCCUCCAUUAGUAAUUUUGGAUGCUCCUCCAUUACAGCAGCAGCAGAAGCCAAGGAGGAAGCAUUGGUUGUUCUAAUAAAUGGGAGUUAUAUUCCUUGUACAUUAUUCAAUAUACAACAAAUAUAAUUCUGGUUGCAGCUUGUAUAAUAAUAAUGAAAUGUUUUGGUUGGUUGAUAAGCUAGCUGUUCAUUGUGGAAGAACAAGAAGAACCAAUGCAGGGGCGAAUGAUGUUUGUCUGUCCAUACCAUACCAUACCAUAUUUGAGAUUAAUGAGUCUGCCACUCUCAUUUAUUGUUGAACAGAACAACUCCGUAUAUAUUGUAAAAUAAUUCAAUUUUGUUUGGUGGAUAUAUCAUCCCCAUACAUAUAUAUGCACACACAUUUUGUUUUGA